GGAGUAGCAUAGUACAUUUAAUAUGUGGCAUCCCAGGCGAGGCGAAGCGUUGCAACUUCCAGCUCCGGUCUUUCUGAUCCACCUUCUCUGCCUCCUCCGCCGAAUCGCCGGGGCCCAUCCGUAAUUCCCAUGAAUAGCCCGUGGCAGACCCGCAUCAUUGGAGCUCUCCUGCGCCCAAAUCCAUCGACCUAGGGUUUCCCAAUUGUGGGAAAAAGGGGGCAAUCAAUCUGUAAAACCCUAGAUUCCAACGGCUCCGAGAUUUCAACCACCAAACUGCAUAUAAUUCCUCGAGGUAGUCCCUUUCUCUCGAUCUUCUUCCCAUCGAGGCCACGGAAAUUUUCUCCAGUUUGUUGCCAUUAAGCUCCUGAAUCCGCCUUUUUUGGAUUUUUUUUGGUAAUUUCAAGGUUCUUGAGCGUGUAUUCUUUGAUUUUUGUUUAAUCGCAUCAUCAAAUUCGCGUACUCUGUUCUUUUUUUAUGUUCAUUGGGUUUGAUUUGAGUUGUUUCUUCGUUUUUUGGGGGAUUCUAGCUUCUACAGUGGAAUCACGAGUCUGGUUUCUUCUAAAACCCUAGUUUUUUAAGCUGGUAAUCUUGAAAAAUCCAUGCAAUUACUCUUUUCUCUUGAUUCAUCGCUGCAAGAACUCGAGAAUUAAUUGAAAGGUAUCGACUUUGUGUUCUACUUCAAGUUGUGAUGAUCGUAUUACUUGUGUCCAGAAGGAUCGAAUUUGAAAUUUAUAGAAUUCAUAGAUUCGAAGCUGUUUUUGAGUCUCUGGUACGAUAUGGCUUCGUCUUCAUGCAAUUCCUACUCUGAACCUCCAAUAAUCGAGCAAGUGAUCACCGAAUUUUUUGCCAAGAGCCUCCACAUCAUACUCGAGUCGAGGUCUCCUUACGUCUCCUCACGUAAUUAUAGUGUGGAUCAUUUUACCUCCUCACCUUCCUCCUCUUCCUCAUCAUCGAGCAGCCGGCCAAGGGAUAAGUGGUUCAAUUUGGCUUUACGGGACUGCCCAGCGGCGCUUGAGAAUUUUGACCUUGGGCGGCAGAGCAAUCUUGACCCAUUGGUUGUUGAUGUGCUCUUGGUUCGUCGAUCCUCUGCCAUGGAUGCGACUCUUCUGUCUCCUGGUGGGUGCCUACUGCAGAAUGUCUCGGGGAAGGAUAGGUUUCCAAUGAUUCCCAGGCAGGAUGAGCUUCAAACUAGAAGCGAGAAGAUCGUAGAGAGAUGGAUUGUACAGUACGAGAGUCGAAAUAACAGAAGCUUGGGAAAGGAAAUGUACUUGGGUAGUAGGAAAAGUAGCGGUGUGUCUCAUCGCUCUUCUGAAAUCCCGGCUUGGUACAAGAAAACAUACAAGAGAACGAUCAUAAUGCUUCGGUCUUUGUAUGUGUUUGUUAGGCUGUUACCUGCUUACAAACUUUUCUGUGAACUCAAUUCCUCAGGCCGAAUCCGCCCGCUUAGCCUUUCCCACAGAAUCACUUAUUUUGUGGAGCCCUUUACUCGGGCAGAGGAUGCUGAGAUGAACCAAUUUAGUUUUGUGCCCAUUGACACUCCAUGUGGCAGGUUGUGUCUGUGUGUCUCAUACCUCCCAAUAUUGGAAGAUGUGAGUUCAGAGCCUUCUACACCCUUGUCUACACAGUUUAUAAUGGAUUAUGUUGGUAGUCCAACAACUGAUCCUCUCAAGAGAUUCCAGUCACUCCCUUCAGCAGGACUGGCACCUCAACUUGCUUCGGUCACCAGGCGACAUAGUUGGAGCAAUGACCAUGGAGGCUUGCCUUCAGGAUCUCCCUCUCCAUCACCUACAUACUCCGAUUCUCAAGCUAUGCAUUAUAACCCGAAUGCACGCCUCCCUCCUCGACACCUGCAUGAUCAGCCUCCGUCAGCAAUCUCAAUCCCACGCAAUGCUUCAGCAGCUUGUAAGAAAGACACAAGUUUUGAAGAUUACUUAUCAUCAUCUCCAUUUUCACCUACAUCUUCCCCUUCUACACCAACCCAUGGGGGCCAUUUGCCAAAUUCUCUCCUACGCUCUGAGAGUUCUCCAGUCAGUAUUCCUUCACGUAGGCAUGGGAGAAAUAGUGGCUUACCUGAUCAGGCCUUGCCUCCAUCUUCUCCCAAGCCUAGAAGGCCUAGGUGUUCUUCUCAAACUGAUCUACUCAGAGCUCAAAAUACCACUGCCUCUGCAUCUCAGACUUCUUCCCUUGAAAGUAAGCUACAAACUAAGAAGGAUCCAUUGAGGUCAGAGGACUUUCAGACUGGCAUAUCAUUGGCAAAGGCAUUUUCUUUUGGGAAAGAUGAAGUUGGAGCCUCACCUGGACUCAAGUGCAGUUCGGCAUGCAUCCCUUCUUCUAGAAGUUGUAGUAGGUUGUCUCUCCUGGAUGAGUUUGAUGAUUCUGAGUUUGCUUAUCCAUUUGCUGAUGAUGAAGAUACAACAGAGUCAUGCAACAGGAUCUCUGUUGCCUCUGGCUUUGACUCCCAAAUUGCAAGUAUAUUUCUUGUAUAAGGUAGAAAGGGAUGAAUGGUAUUCCCUGCGCCUCUACCCCACCCCCCCAAAAAAAAACUGCCAGGUACUAUUGCCUUUUUGGGUGGUUAUUUUGACGAGAAGAUUCUCUUCUCAAUCAAUGGUUUUGUUAUUGAAGUUUUGGUGUGAAAACUUCAGAUUUUGAUGUAAAUUACUGCACCAAUUUUACACUCAAAGGUAACCUAUAAAUUCCAUGUACAAACAAUCAAUCUCUACAUGCAUAAUCUAAAGCUUUCAAAAUUUCCUCUUCUAGGGUGGAACUUUCUGCAGGCACUCAAGUCAGCGAGAAUUUGGAAACCAGAGCCCUGGUACCAGUCCAAAGAUCUCCAGAUGCUGUCGUUGGUGCACUUGUGCGAAUGCUCAAGACUGCCCCACCUCUGCAGCAAGGUCUUUCCAACUCAGUCAGGUCUUCUCAAGUCUUCAGGGAUGAAUCUUGGAACCCCAGGAUCCAGCAUAACAAAGGCAUGGAAGCUGAAGUGGAGAAAUCUGAGAGCCCUGUUUCAAGUUCAAGAAUUACAGCUCCUGGGCUCCCUAAGCCAAGGACUACAGCAGAUGCAUUAGCGGUGCUGAGUAGUUACAAGGAGAUAAAAGAAUUGUUACUUAGACAAGGUGGAUCUCAAUCGUCGGAUGACAACUGUGAAGACAAGCCUGCAGGUGGAGAUUCUUCAUAAACUAACCAUCCUGAUUCCUUCA